AUGUUCACCAACUUGAAGAAGUUUCUGGGUGCGCCGGAGCCUCCCUCACACCCGGCAACAGCCCCAGCCCCGGCUCCUGCCCCGGCCCCCACACCUCCACCUCCUAAGGAGGAAAAGCCCCCCGAAAAGAAAGAUGAGGAGAAGAAAGAGGAGCCAAAUAAAGGAGAACCAAAAAAGGAGGAGGAGGAGGCAAAACCAGGGCCAACACCGGCUCCAGCUCCAGCUGCAGGUGCUGCCCCUGCCAACCCAGAGGGGGCUGAAAAUGGGGACGCCCCUUCUUCGUCCCCUCCACCGGUGAUCUAUUCGCGCUACACAGACGAGACGCUGCAGGACGUGAUGAAGAGGUUACGAAUGCGGACAGAUCUGUACAUGGAGGACGUCAACGACCCGUACGCCUCCUCCCCUGAAGUCAGCCCGCCUGUCACACCCAUCCUGAAGAAGGAGGAGUACGUGAAACUGAAGGAGGCUGAGCGAGUAGCCAGAGAGGCGGCAGAGAAGAAGAAGGCCGAGGAGAUGGCCAAGAAAGCGGAAGAGAAGAAGAAGAAGGACGAGGAGAAGCGGGUGGAGGCAGAGAAAAAGGCCGAGGAGGAGCGGCUCGUGGAGGAGGCCAGGAAGAAAGCCCAGUUCCUCCCGGACAUCAGCUUCGCCUGGUUCGAGACCCUGAUUCAACCCAUUGAGGAAAAGAUGGACACCGUCCUGGGAAACACCAUCGACCCGUUUACAGAUCGUCUGUAUAUUGUCUGGCUGGCCGUUGUGGCGGUAGCGUACAACUACAACGUUUGGUUUGUUAUUGCGAGGCUGGCCUUCCCUUACCACUCCCCAGCGGCGAUCCCUUACUGGGUUUGCUGCGACGUCCUUGCCGACCUCGUGACCAUCGUCGAUGCCAUCGUCUGGCAGCCGCGACUUCAGUAUGUCAAAGCGGGGGACAUCGUGAGAGACAGGGCCCUGACAAAGCCUCAUUACCGGGAAUCGCAUCGGUUCAGGAGUGACAUGAUGAGCAUCAUACCUUUUGACCUUCUCGGCUUGCAGUUUGGAUUUUCAUCCGUAUUCAGGGUCAAUCGCAUGAUGAGGAUUGACUGCUUCUUUGAGUUCAGCGAUCGACUUGAGAGUAUGAUGGCCAAGGCGUACAUCUGGAGAGUGGCUCGUACCACCGGCUACCUGCUCUUCGUCCUCCACAUUAACGCCUGUCUUUACUAUGUGGCUUCGGUGUACCAGGGCAUCAACACCACGAAAUGGGUGUACAGCGGAGAGGGCAACGCGUACCUGCGCAGUUACUACUUUGCCAUCCGCAGUCUGAUCAACAUCGGUGGUCUUCCGGAGCCCCAUACAGUGUUCGAGAUCUUCUUCCAGAUGACCAACUUCUUCAUAGGCGUCUUCGUCUUCUCCGGCUUGAUUGGACAGAUGAGAGAUGUCAUCGGUGCAGCCACAGCGGGUCAGACGUACUUCCAGGCCUCCAUGGACGGCUGUGUGGCCUACAUGAACACAUACGGCAUCCCCAAACUGGUACAGAACAGAGUCCGGACCUGGUACAACUACACCUGGGAUGCCCAGGGCAUGCUGGACGAGUCCGAGCUGCUGGACAAGAUGCCUCUGGUGAUGAGAGUCGCCAUCGCUGUGGACAUCAACCUGGCCACCUUCCAGAAGAUCACCCUGUUUCAGGGCUGUGACCAGCAGAUGUUGGUGGACAUGUUGCUGAGGCUCAAGUCCAUCGUCUAUCUACCCGGAGACUUUGUUGUGACCAAAGGGGAUAUCGGUAAAGAGAUGUACAUCAUUAAAAGUGGAGCGGUGCAGGUGGUUGGGGGUCCGGACAACAGCAUCGUGUUCGUCACACUGAAGGCCGGCUGUGUGUUUGGAGAGAUCAGUCUACUACAGUCAGCUAAAGAUGGAGGGAACAGGCGGACGGCUAACGUUAAAGCCCAUGGCUUUGCUAACCUCUUCGUCCUGGAGAAGAAAGACCUGUUUGACAUCCUGGUCCAUUACCCAGAGUCCCAGAAGGUGCUGGCCAGGAAGGGGAAGGUACUGAUGAAAGCCAAAGGACCUGGAGCCACCAAAGCAGUCCAGAAGAGGAACGCUCUGACUCUGUUUGGAACCAGACCACCGACUCCCAAGCUGUUCCAAGUCUUGGCUGCUUUUGGCAAAGGACGCUUCCUGGAAAAACUCAAGGUAGACAACACUCGGCAGGCUCACAGCACAUACAGUAAAGCACGGCGCCGCGACAGUACUGACCAACCUGCACAAAAUGUGAAGAAGAAACACAGGGACAGGAAACCCUAG